AUGUCUGUGUUUCCAGAGGAAAAACUUUCAGGUGUGACCACAGAGCUGCGGGCCUACAAGGUAGUGACCGGUCUACUCUGCUUCGUGUUUCUGGUCCUACUGUUAAUCCGCUUCACCAGACCAACGGUUACGGCGCUGCAGAAGAGACUGUCAGAUCGGAGGCAGAAUCGCUGGGUUGGACCCACUCAGAGCCACAGUGUGUCCUACCAGCGAGGGAAAAAUACGCUGAAAGACGGCGAUGGAGAGAUGAGACUUUCAUUCCCAGCUCUGGAGCGCCUGACGAUCCGAGACAGCAGAGACAGCAGUUCCUACAACUUCUGAUACCUUCAUCUUCAUCCUCUCCGUCAUCAUCCUCUACAUGUGGACUCAAGAGCUGUUUCUGGAUUGAUUGCUUUGCAAACGUUUUAAGGUGUCGAAAUUUAUUUUUCUCACACGUGCAAAGAGAUUGAGACGUGUUCGGAUGAUAAAGAACAACUAAACCCAACCUCUCUCUUCAGUGAGCCGUUACGGUGUGCCGGCGUCACAAUAAAGGCCCUCAAAUUUAAGAAGGAAACAUCCCAGUUUGCUGACUAUUUUCUGCUCAUGUGACUAUUUCCUGAACAUAAUAAACAUUUUGUUUUUGUUAUGGUUUCAAAACAAUGCAAACUGUAGGAGUCACAUGACUUUUGUUAAAUGCAAAAUGCAAAUUUGAGCCUUUAUUG